AUGUCUGGGGAUGAAGAGAAACCCGAGCAAACCGUCGCCGAUGAUUUGGUGGUCACCAAGUAUAAAAUGGGGGCCGAGAUUGCCAACCAGGCCCUAAAGAUGGUGGUUGAAGCGGCAAUGGUUGGUGUCUCAGUGAUUAGCCUGUGUGAUAAAGGUGAUGCCUUUAUCAUGACAGAAACUGGGAAAAUCUUCAAGAAGGAGAAAGAGAUGAAGAAAGGUAUUGCAUUUCCAACGUGUGUGUCUGUUAAUAACUGCGUGUGCCAUCACUCCCCCCUGAAGAGCGAUCCUGAUGUCAUACUCAAGGAUGGGGACCUUGUCAAAGUUGAUCUUGGCGUGCAUGUGGAUGGAUUCAUCGCCAACGUGGCUCACAGCUUUGUUGUUGGUGUGACCAAGGAAAAGCCUCUCACAGGCCGCAAAGCUGACGUGAUGAUCGCAGCUCAUUUGUGCGCUGAGGCUGCGCUGCGUCUUGUCAAGCCUGGAAACCAGAACACACAGGUUACGGAGGCGUGGAACAAGAUUGCAAAGUCAUUCAAGUGCUUGCCAAUUGAAGGCCUGCUGUCCCAUCAACUCAAACAGCAUGUGAUCGAUGGAGAGAAAACAAUCAUUCAAAACCCAACGGAUCAGCAAAGGAAAGACCACGAGAAGGCUGAGUUUGAGGUGCACGAAGUGUAUGCUGUGGAUGUGCUCAUUAGCACUGGUGAGGGCAAGGCAAAAGAUGGUGGUUUGAGGACCACUGUUUACAAACGGGACCCCAACAAAGUGUACGGAUUAAAGAUGAAGACCUCUCGGACGUUCUUUAGUGAGAUGGAGAGACGGUUCGAUAAAAUGGCUUUCACUCUGAGAGCGUUUGACGAUGAGGGCAAGGCCAGGCUGGGUGUGGUGGAAUGUGCAAAGCACGAGCUGCUGCAGCCGUUCAAUGUCCUCCAGGAGAAGGAAGGUGAGUUUGUAGCACAGUUCAAGUUCACUGUGCUGCUCAUGUCCAACGGACCACUGCGAAUUACAAACAGCCUCUAUGAACCUGAGCUUUACAAGUCGGAGCACCAGGUAGAGGACAAGGAGUUGAAGGCUUUGAUUCAAAGCUCUGCCAGUCGGAAGGCGCAGAAGAAAAAGAAAAAGAAGGCCUCAAAGACGGCAGAGAAUGCAACAGGGCAGUCGAUGGAGACGGAAGCUGCUGAAUAA